UGUACCACUGCAGUAAAUCCAGGUGGAAAUGGCCCUGAAACAAGUGAUGAAUUCGCUUGUGACCUUGGCAAUGCUGAUAGUCCAAGGAUGGUUGAUGGACACAUAAAGCAAGGAACAGAAAAUGAUUCAUUGUCCUCUACAUCGAAGCAAGGUUCUGAGGGUGGAAACCGCAGGAGUGAAGUUAGACAAAGACAAAGGACAUUCUCUGGUCCAGUUAUGUAAUCUGGUACCCGCAGUAGUUCACUCAUUGAAAGAGGUUAUAUUAUUGAUAUGGAUGCAGGAGCUCGGUCACCUAAUAAACAAAAGAGUGACACGGGAAGAAUCGAUGAUCUUAGUGGUCCGCUUUCACUUUCAACUCGUGCUUCUGCAAAUAGUCUGUCUGCCCCUAUUCGGUCUUCUGGAGGAUAUGUGGGCUCCUUGGGAGUCAAGCCUAGGGUGGAAAUAAAAGGCCGAUUUUCCGUAACAUCCGAAAAUGUGGAUCUGGCGAAGGUUCAGGAAAUUCCAGUGUUCAAAAUUUCACCUAAACCACAGGAGUCUAAUAGUCAUCAUCGGAAGGAAUUCCGUGACAGCUCAGUAUCUGCAUCAAUUCUGAUUCCCCAUCUUGAAAACCUUGUACAGCAGACCACAUUUCAGCAAGAUAUCAUCACGAACCUAAUGAGUAACUUGCAACAGAAUGAGAAACCCAAUGGGCCGCAGACUAGAGAUCAGACUAUGGUGGGUGAUACAGCGGUUGAAACGGGCAGUGCUGAGAGAGAACGGAAACUACUUGCUAAAAGAAAGAGGGAAAAGAACUCCUCGUCAAAAAAGUUGUGCCGCCGCAAGGACACGCAGUUCCUCUCAAUCCGGACGGGCAUCGGCAAGCCGAGCCGUUUGGACGAAGAACACACCCUCACCGGGGCAAAGGGCACCACCAACGAGCCGUUUAACGGCGGCGCGUUCACCCUAGAGGUGCUCGCGCACGCCCGCAAAGGGGUCAGCGGGGGCGCCGCAUCUGGAAACCGCCGUCGCUAG